AGUUAUCGCGAGAGCACGUAGAAUUCCAGGAGGCUGUGUGUAUUUGCGCUCUCUUCUGUGUUCUCCCCCUUGCUCCGUUGGGAAAGAAGAAAAUAAACCCACUGCUGCUAACCAGGCUAGUUAUGGAACCAAGCCCUAAGUACUCGUUUUGGCAUCUGUGACUGUCCAAGAGGUGCUCGCCCUGCAUACUGCGUUCCCACCUAGGGGGAAAGCACAUGAAGCUUUUUGAUUUUUUUGACCGACUCUUUUUCUUUAAAAAGUUGAAUACGCCAGCAAGGGAAGGAUUUCAUUAGCUAGCCUAUCUGUGUGCGAGCUAACUGGGCUAGCUUAGCAAGGAGCACUGGAUGAACUUUGCAUGGACUGAGUGCUGCGAACGGGAUAGUAGCCUCCUGUCUGACUGUGAGCCGUCUAUUGGAUUGAGUCUUUCAUAUGGGAGUGUGUUGUUACUUAAAUGACACUGUUUUCCCGGAGCUCGAAGGCCAUAACUGUGUACAAAUGUUGCUUUUGCGGCUCACACCAUCACGUUAUUGAUCUGGAUACCCAUUGGAAAGCUAACAGGAUAUUAGCUACCUUCUCGCCGCUACGCUUUGUGGUUGCAGGCCAUGGACUGAAAGGCAUUCAUCACUGAAGGAUGAGAAGGCUGGCUUGAUGGCAGCUAAUUAUUUAUUGGGAGGCAGCAAUUGGAUACAGCUAAAGCGAUAAAAGAAGCUUUGAACGUCGUCCCAGAACUGUUAAACUCUUGGUUUGGUCUUCUUUUUUUUUUUAACUUGACAAUGCAUCGGUGUGCUGGGGCUUUUUCCAAGUUAGGAUAAGAAGAGACGCACAAGAAAACAGCGAGAUUGCACCUUCUGCGUUUCCCCACGGAAAUUAUUCAUUUUUUAAAAAUAUUAUAAUUAUUAAGAGGUGAAAUAUAAUGUCUACCGCUAAAGAAAAUCCCUGUAGGAAAUUCCAAGCAAACUUCUUCAACAAAAGUAAAUGUCAGAACUGCUUCAAACCCCGGGAGCUGCACCUACUGACAGACCAGGAUUUGACCCAGGCCAAACCUAUUUAUGGUGGAUGGCUGUGUUUGGCCCCUGAAGGAACUGACUUUGACAAUCCUAUGCAGAGAUCUCGGAAAUGGCAACGGAGAUUUUUUGUGCUGUACGAACAUGGCUGUCUGCGGUUUGCCCUGGACGAAUCGCCAAGCACGCUCCCUCAGGGCACAGUCAACAUGAACCUCUGUACAGAUGUCAUUGAUGCAGAGCCCAAGACGGGCCAGAAGAACUCACUGUGCAUCAUCACACCCGACCAGGAGUACUACAUCAGAGGAGAGAAUAAGGAAAUCAUCAAUGGGUGGAGUGAACAGCUGAUUGUCUACCCCCGAACCAACAAACAGAACCAGAAGAAGAAACGCAAAGUUGAGCCUGCCACCUCCCAGGAGCCGGGCCCAGCCAAGGUAGCAGUAACUGGGUCUGGUAUCCCAGAAGCAGAAAAAGUUCCAGAUUCAAGCUCCAUCAUCUGGCAGGAAGAACUGAACCAGAGGGAGGCUGAAGGGGCUGCAGUCUGGACUGCUGCUGAGCUACCUUCAGGCUCACCACUGCCCCCUGCAGGGGACUCUGCGGCCCAGGCUUCUGAUGCAGGCUCAGUGAACGGUGAUGAAGUGGACCGGGGUGGCCUGCCGUUGCACGGCUCCACCCCCCAGCCUCCCAGCGACCUGCUGUCCCCGACCGGCUCCUGCUCCAGCCUGGGAGGCAUUCCGCGCUGCCUCUCUCCAGCUCCCAGUGACCCCUUCCCCUCUGGCAGCUCCCUGCUCUCCAACGGCUCGCACAUCAGCGGCUCGGUCAGCUCUCUCGACUCAGAUGCCAGCGGCAGCACGGUGACGAGCACAGACAGCCACCCGGCCACCCAGAGGAGCGGUCACUCCUACAGCCACCACGACACACCGCGGUCUCGGCGGUUGGAGGCCGAGGCUAGAAAGGCCGAGAAGAGGAGCCGGUUCAGGAGCCCAGACAGGCAGGAGAGAGAGGCCGUCUUCAGCCCCGAGAGGAGUCGCUCCGGUGUUAUCGAGAAGUUGGAGGCCUUGGAGUUGGAGAAUCCAGAGAAAAUGGAGGUGGAGGAGUCGGGGAGAAGCAGAGUCAGACAGGGCCGAAGUGAACACAGACGCUUCCAGAGAGAGGAACAGAGGCAAGACGUGGGUCAGGGUCUGGACUUUCCCUCUACCCUGCCCCCUCUGAGGAGAGCCAAAUCGUUGGACCGGAGGACCACUGAGUCAGUCAUGACGCCGGACUUGCUGAACUUCAAGAAAGGCUGGAUGGUGAAACUUGACGAGCAAGGCCAGUGGAAGAAGUACUGGUUUGUGCUGACUGAUCACAGCCUGAGAUACUACAAGGAUUCAAUUGCAGAGGAGGCCUCUGACCUGGAUGGUGAGAUGGACCUGUCCACCUGCUACAAUGUAACUGAAUACCAGGCUCAGCGAAACUAUGGCUUUCAGAUUCAUACGCAGGAAGGAGUGCACACUCUGUCUGCCAUGACAGCAGGGAUACGUAGGAACUGGAUCCAGGCAGUCAUGAAGAAUGUCAGACCCUCCACUGCCCCUGAUGUGGCAAGCUCGACCGAGGAUCAUGGCUCAUUCUCUCCUUUGGAGGGUUUGGUCAGACCAGAUGUCACUCAGGACUCUCCUUCUUCUGAGGCCUCAUCUGUAGACAAAGAAGCCACUUCUGGAGUCAUUAAGAGCCGAGCUCGCGAGCGCAGGCGAGAAGGCCGCUCUAAGACAUUCGACUGGGCAGAGUUCAGGCCCAUAGCCCAGGCUCUGGCUCAACAGCGGGCGCAGGAAGCAGAGAGUCUCCAGGCAGACAUGGGGGAGCUCGAGCGCAGUCGGAGAAGAGAGGAGAGACGGAAGAGGUAUGAGAGCGUGACGAGCUCAGAGCCCGCAUCGGUUAAAGAAGGAGGGAGGACCGACAAUGAGAGGGGAGACGAACCUCCGGAUUCGCUAGGUCCCGUAUCUCUGGAGAGGCAGCAGAUGGUGGAGGAGGUGAUCGAAGAACACUGGCGACAGGUAGAGAAGACGCCCAUACGGGAGGAAAGGAGGGUGCCGCUGCCCACCACAGUGCAAUCAAGAGAGACUGUAGAGCUGGAGCAGCUACUGGAGAGUUAUAAGCAAGGGAUUGAGGACCUGAAGGCGCAGUUGAAGAGCUGUCACAAGCAGCUCCUGGACUCAAAUAAGCACAAACAGGAGCUGGAGCUCCAGCUGAGAAUGGCUCUGGAGAGAGACCAGGAUGACCGAUCUGGUUACAUCUCUCCGCUGGAGCAACCUUUGGGUCUGGAGGCUGAUGUGACGCCCCAGAUGAAGAGGCCCGAACUGGUUAGUUCUCAAGCGCAGAGUUUAACAAAGAAGUACCAGGAGACCAAAGAGCUCCUGAAGCUGCAAGAGCUGAAAAAGCGCAAUAUGCAGGCACAGCUUGGCCUCUCGCUUUCUCACCUUCCCAUCAAGGACCCUUACUUUUCUGAACCCCACAAAAAAUCCAUCCUCGAAGGCCCUCCCCCUGAACUUGUCCAAAAAACAGUUAGCUUUUUAAUCCAGGACACCACAGAGGCUAUUCAAGAACUAGAGGACUUAACGCAUGACAAUCCUCUGACUCUAAAGGAGCUGGCGAAAGUGUUGAAAUUACAUAGCUGCAAUCAAGACACAGCAGAGAAGCAUCAACUUCAGAAGUUGCUGGAGACCUGGAAGCACCAGCAGGAGUUAGAAAAUGAAACCAUAAAAAAGAGUUUAGCUAGAGCAGGAGAGAGCAUCCGCAAAUAUGAAGCUCGUCUUCUAACCAUGGAGGACAUGGUGGGGAAAGUUCACAAGCAAAGUUUUGAAAGCCUAAAGGGCUCCUACAGUCUUCUGUCCAAAACUGAAAACUACUCAGAGUCGAGUGAUGAAACUAUUGGGAUGCUGUCUCAGAGGAUUGAACUUUUAACUAGUGAAAAUGGAGCAUUGAAACAGCGAUGUCAGGAGAUAAUAAAUCAACUGACUGAGGCUGACCGAGAGAUAGACAGACUGAAAGCUGAGCUCAUCAGCCAGCAAGGUGGCAAACAGCAUCACCUUGUCUUGGAGGAGCUGAAAAGACUAAAAGCUGAACUGGCUGAAAACCAAGCCAAUGCCAUAGACCGGGAGUAUUAUGAGAGGGAGUUGAACGAGAAGUCCUUGAGGCUCCAUGAAGCACUCGUUACAUUGGAGGAGCUUGGCAGCACCCUUAAAGACACUGAAAAGAAGCUACAGUUAAGAGAGGCCACACUGAAAGGUCUGGGCUUCCAGGGAGAUUAUGAAGAUGACGAAUUAAACCCAGAGAAAGAGCAACUCCAAGAGCUGCUUGAAGCCUCAGAAGCAAAGUUAUUUGAGACCAAGUCAAGCCUUCAGACUACAGAGCAGCGCUGUAUGGAACUAGAAGCUAGGAACAGUAAACUAGUUGAACUAAAUCAGAAAAUUGAGAAGGUCAACAGAGAGAAGCUAGAAGAAGCAGAAAAUGAAAUAAGGAUGCUAAGAGAGAAGCUAGUAAUGAACAUGAGUACAGAUGAAAAGGAUGUUGAAUCUCUUGAGGCAGAAGAGAAGCAUGUGGAUGAUAAAGGACUUUUAAAGAAAGUAGUACAAGAGUUUGAGAUGAGGUCUGAAUCGAUGAAUCAGGUUGUAGAAAUGUUAGAACAGGUAGAUGUUGAUGUUGAGAGAAUGCUUGGUGAAUUAAAAAGCACUUUAUUUUGCUCUUCAGAGGAAGAGACAUUUUACCCGAGUGGAAAGGAUGCGUCAUUUGUGUUAAAGGGAGAGUUCUGGAGCCAACUGUUGGGCACCACUGUAGCAAAAUCAAAGGAAGAAGGACAAAGCCGUGACAGAGGGGUAGAAGAAGAGAUGAUGGCUGAGAAGAGUUUAAUGCUCUUGAUUAGGAGGAUAUGUUCACAGGCAGACGUUGGAAGUGAGAGAGUGACAGAUUUGGAAUCGAUGUAUAGCUGGCUUGAUAAUGAAACAAAUGCUCUGAUUCUUAAACAGUUAAAAGAAAUUCUGGAGGAAAAGUCACAAAGAUUUAAGCAGAUUGCCUCCAGUUUGAAGCUUGAUAAAGAUGACAAACUCCAUUCUUUGGCAUUAGCAAGCUUUGGCCAACAAACACAAUCUUCCAAACAUCUGCAUGAAUCUCUCAAAGAAGCAUACAUAUCUUACUUGAUUAUUAGGCUCAAAGUCCAGUAUGAGAAAGAGCUAAAGAAAAAAGAGGAAGUAAAGAUGCCUGGCUUGAAUUGUCCAAAUUGUCCAAAAUUAAGAGAAGUUGUCAGUGGGCUUCAGUCCAAAUUGGCAGAUCUUCAAAGUCAACUAUCUGAGGCGCAUUUGAAAGCUGCCCUAGGGUCUCAAACUCUGAUCCAGAUUGAAGGAGAACCUAUUGAUUCAGUCGAUAAAACCAUUGAGCUUCAUGAUAUGAUAGCCAAGCACAGGAAAGAGCUACGAGAAGUCAAAGAUGGCUACGAGCAGGAAGUUGAUAAGUUGAGGCAGGAAAUAGCAAAAGCCAACGAGACACUUCGUCUCCGUUCAGAAGAGAAUGUAAAAGAGAUUGACUCGCUGACGAACUGUAUGGAGAACUUGAAGGAGCAGCACGAGAGGGAGAGGAGUCGUCUCCUGGAGAGGUUUGACCGGGAAAUGGAAGAGCUGCGAAGCGUGAUGAAUCCAGCAACUGCAGGCAGGAAUGAAGCAGAUGACAACGUACCUUUGGAUCACGCCUUAACCCUGAAAGAGCGCAUCCAAGAGCUGGUGACCCAAGUCUCAGUCAUGACCGAAGAGAUGAGACGGCGCGAAGAGCAGGACGACAUAACCAUUCUGCGGCUGAAAUACGAGAAAGACCUGGAAAACCUGAAGGCCACCUGUGAGAGAGGCUUCGCUGCCAUGGAGGAGUCUCAUCAGAAAGUGAUCGACGAGCUGCAGAAGAAACACCAGAGAGAGCUGGAGAACCUGAAGGAGGAGAAGGAGAGGCUGCUGGCCGAGGAGACGGCAGCCACCAUCGCAGCCAUUGAAGCAAUGAAAAACGCCCACCGUACAGAGCUGGAGAAGGAGCUGGAAAAGGCUCGCAAAGCCAACAGCAAUACGGAGAAUGCAGACAUCGAGGAGAUCCGCAGACAGCACGAGGAGGAGUUGUGUUCCUUCCAGCGGGAGAUUGAGGUGUUGUCGGAACAGUAUUCCCAGAAGUGCCUGGAAAACGCCCACCUGGCCCAGGCACUGGAGGCAGAGCGACAGGCCCUCAGGCAGUGUCAGAGAGAGAACCAGGAGCUCAACGCGCACAACCAGGAGCUGAACAACCGACUGGCAGCAGAAAUCACUAAGAUGCGCUCCAUGACCUCUGAGGAUGGAGUGGGAGACACAAACACCACAAUACAGGGGAAGGAGCUCUACGAGUUAGAAGUUAUGAUGCGAGUGAAGGAGUCUGAAGUCCAGUACCUGAAGCAGGAAAUCAACUCCCUUAAAGAUGAACUACAAGCAGCCCAAAGAGAUAAGAAAUAUGCAACAGAUAAGUACAAGGACAUUUACACAGAGCUGAGCAUUGUCAAGGCCAAAGCAGAGCGAGAUCUGGGGCGGCUCAGAGACCAGCUGCAGCUGGCUCAUGAGGCACUCGGGGAGCCGGCGCUGGAGGAGGUGGAACGAGGGGGCUAUGAUAUCAUGAAGUCCAAAAGCAACCCUGACAUCCUCAAGAUGGCAGCUGCUGCAGCGAAACGCUCAGAGCGCACCAUGAGGUCAAAGUCUGUGAGUCGAGACAUGCCCUGGGACAGUUAGGGCUGCUGACGACGUGUAAGCUUCCUCCCCCUUCUCCUUUAGAGUCUGAAGGAAGGGCUGACAGCGGAGCAGAGACUCCACCUGUUUGAAAAUAAAGACACUAAGGAGUUCUGACAGUGACACGUCACGUCCGCCUACCUUGCUGCAUGUUUAGAAGCCCACUAUAUUUUAGCUCUGUAAUGACUUAUUUAGUAACAACUACACACUGGUCACCAAACACAGAUCAUUUAUUAUUAAAAACAUGCUAUGAAGUUUGAUGUUUAGUUUGCAUUCCAUGCACUUCAGUUAACUGUGACUUUUUUGUAUUUUUUUUCCUUACUGUAAAUACUGUUUUUAAAUGAGCAUUUUUCAUGCAUACACUAGAACUAUGACUGUGUAAGCUACUGUUUUAACUCUCUAGACUGUUGCUAGCCAAAAGCAUAAAUGUGAUGUUAAAUGGCUAAACACAACUACAUAAUGACGAGUAAUACUUGCAUAACAAAACCGUAGGAAUGAGUCUGGCGUUCAGUCUGCACGUUAACGCUCCUCUCCGUUAUCAUUCCAGCACAGAUGGAAGUGUUGCUCAGUAAACAAGCUAUAGAACAAAAGUGCUUGUCUGCAUUAGAAAAAAGUGCUCACCCAUGUUGCUGCUUCGUGUUACUUUGAAAUUAACAUCAAAGAUGUUUCUGCAGUCCUGGGAAAAAAAAUCAGAUAAAAUCAGUGCGCGACAGCUGAAUGCAUCUGGACAAGAUUCACUGACUAUAAUUUAAAUAUAUAUGAAAGUUUAUAUAGAUUUUUUUUUUCUCUCACUGCAAUCAUUGGUCCAACUGUAUAGGAGUUGCUGGAGUUGGUUUAUGUUUGUAGUCUUGUUCAGUGGCAGUCCCUUUGUAUUUAUUUAAGUGGUUGGGAUUUUUCUUUCACAUUCCCAUUCCUCUGUACUCUAUUAUUGUAAAUAUAAAGCAAAUAUACACCAACUGACUACAGGUUUAUUAGCAAUAAAUAUUUUUGCACCCUU